AUGUCGCAUACAAUGGCGCGCUCACCGAGCCUUAUCGCUCUACUAUUUGCCCUCAUCAUGGUUUUUUCCACAGUCGACGCCGACAACUUGCCAUGGAUGAAGCGUCAGAACUCCCUUGUUGGUACGGGAGGCAGCAGCGCAUCCACCACCACGCCGCCGACAUCCUCGUCCGUCGUUGACGUAUCCACCUCGUCGGCUGCUCCCACCACAUCUUCGACAGAGCCUGCCACGACUACCUCGCCCACCACAACCAGUGAAGCGCCAACGACAUCGACCACUCCUACCACUUCAGACACACCUACUACUACCACCCAGGCUCCUUCCUCGACCACUCAAACCACUCCUACCAGCGAGCCCGCCACCUCUUCCGAGGCUCCGUCUUCAUCCGCCACCUCUGCCGUCGUCGACACUACCAGCUCUGCUGCUCCCUCUUCCUCUGCAGAUCGUAGUUCCGCCAGCAAGACAGCUGCCGGUUCUUCUUCAGCUGCUUCGUCAGAUUCUUCUGCUUCCUCGUCCGACGCAUCCUCUUCUUCGGGCACCAAGACAUCGUCCAGCAAGUCGUCUAAGACAACCUCUUCUGAAAUUGUCGUCAUCGGCUCCGGAACCGCUGCUACCACUAUCAACCGCUCGACCGUGAGCAAGGCUACCACGAUAACCUCCGCCCUUGUUUCUUCGUCGACUCGCCACUACACAACCACUAUUGUUACAGUCACCGGCGGCAGUACUCUUACCACUGCUGUCCCUACUGAGGAGGUCGUUGCAUCAACUACUGGCUAUGCAACUGCAACCAUCUCGCCUUCGUUGAACGACAACGGCAGCAGCGGUAGCAGUGGCGGCGGUCUUUCCACUUCUAGUAAGAAGAUUAUCGGAGGUGUCGUUGGAGGUGUCGGUGGUGCCAUUCUUCUCGGCGGUCUUGCUCUCGUUGCGUGGCGCAUGUGGGGUCGCCGUCGUGCAAGUGGUCCCAGAAUGGAUGACGACGACAUGGGUCCUCAGCCCCAUGAAAGCCUCAUGACUGAAAAGAACGAACCUCCGCUAGCCCGCUACCAUGGAGGAAGCGGCCCGAUCAACACAGCGUCCAACUUUUAA